AUGUCUGCCCCUUCGCUCGCCAGUUACAUCGUCAAGCGCCCAUGGCUCAAGAGCUGGCUCACCCCUCUCUCCCACUGGUACACCGAUGCCGCCGGCUACAGGAGACUCGGACUCAAGUUCGAUGACUUGAUCCCUGAGGAGAGUGAGAACGUCCAGAAGGCCAUCAAGCGUCUUCCCGCCAAGGAGGCCUACGACCGUGUCUUCCGUAUUCGCCGUGCUUUCCAGUGCUCCAUCUCCCACACUCUCCUUCCCGCCAACGAGCAGAUCAAGCCCGAGGAGGACGUCGAGUACCUUAGCCCCAUCAUCCGCGAGAUCGAGAAGGAGGCUAAGGAGCGUGCUGACCUUGACAACCUUGUUGUCCGCAAGUAA